UAGUUCAACAUGGCUAAAAAGUAUUUUUCAUUAGUAAUCUAUUUGAAAAUUUACCGAUGUUUUUAAAACGUGUUAAAGGAAUAAUAUUUGUUAUUUCUUUACUUUUAACUAGCUUUUUAGGGUCAAUAUUUUUUUUGCUACCAUUCUUAUUUUUUUUAUUCAUAAAUCCAAUUCUAUACAGAAAAAUAGUGGAUUUUGUUGUUUAUCAAUGGUUUUUAUUUGUAAUUGCAAUGGUAGAGGUUUUUUUGGGAAUUGAAGUUUUUUUAGAGGUUACUCCAAAUAUAAACCUCAAGUCAUUAGAAAAAUGCCUAAUAAUAAUGAAUCAUUAUAGUAGAGUUGAUUGGUUGUUUUUCUGGUCUUGCCUUUAUCGGAUUAAUUUCUUAACUACACAUAAAAUUAUAUUAAAAUCACCAUUAAAAAUGAUUCCUGGUGCAGGUUGGGCAAUGCAAAUGGCAAAUUUUAUAUUUAUCAAUCGAAAGUGGGAAAAAGAUCAAUGCAUUUUAAGUCAAACUGUUGAUUAUUUUUCGACAAUGAAAUAUCCUUGUAAGAUUUUACUUUUUCCAGAGGGAACCGAUUUUUCGUUGGAUAACUUCACCAAAAGCAAAGAGUACGCUGUGAAAAACGGACUUCAAGUUUAUCGUAAUUUGCUUCAGCCCCGAACGACAGGGUUCGUUUAUUUGGUGAACAAAAUGAGACAAAAAUCAUGCUUGGAUACCUUGUUAGAUGUUACGGUUAGUUAUCAUUCGCGUUAUUCAAAACCUCAAAUAAAAAUGCCACCAUGCACAGAAUCCGACAUUUUAUAUGGUUUUUACCCCGAAUGCGUCAAAUUUUCCUUCAAAUCUUACCCCUCGCGGCAAAUCCCCGAAAGCUCCGAAGCUCUUACCAGUUGGUGUAGGGCUCUGUGGGCCACAAAAGAUCUAACAUUGAACGCUGAACACGAAACCUCCUAUGAGGAUGAUAGUUUCAACUUGAAUGAAGGGAAUAAAUAUUUUACUCCCUCGAGCGAUAGAAAAAAUCGUGAUUAUAAAGGAUUAAUAAUAUUGAAAAAAAAAUCCUAUAGCAAUUAUAAUUACUCCUGGAGCUUUUGGAUUCAGCCUUAUCUAAUUAUAAUCGGAUGGAGUACGUUCGUGAUAGUCAUUUCAUAUGGGUUAGGUGGAAUUUUAGCGGAAAAAUUAGGAUACGUAGGAGUUUAUAUAUGGAUCAGUUAUAUCCUUUGGGCAUAUACUAUUUUAUCUUGCCUUAUUUUUACACUCCUAUACUACAGAGUCGAUCGGGUUUUUUUCGAUAAAUCAAAAAUCGGAGAAGAUACUGGGUUAGAUAGCCUGGCCAUUGACUAUACUCGUUAUUUUUUCUCUACAAAAGAAGAAUAAUCUGAAAGCUACAGUUGCAAAUAUCGAAAAUUUAAUCUACUUAUGCAAAAAACGCCGAUAUAUUUAUCGGUAAUUAUAAUAAAAUCAAUCGUUGCGAAACAUCGUUAAUAAUUAUUUACGAAUCCAAAUAGUAUUUUUAGUCGCGAAAAAAUAUAAGUUUUGUAAUUUGUAAACAAAUAAUUUACUAAAUUGAUUAUUAUUUUUACGGUUUAUAUUGUUUUUAUAAAUGAAAUUUUUGAUAUACUUAUACGUCCAAGCCUGUAAAAAGGUUGUUUUAAAACAGCACAUAUUUUUAAAAAGAUUCAUUAUUGAUUUUUAUUACAUAUUUUUUUUAAAUACAACUUUAUACUUAUUAAUUAGAUCAAAUUUUUUAUUUUUAUAUAUUUAUGAAUUGUAAUAUCCAAAAAUUCGUCCCAUGACUAAAAUGAUGUCUUAAUUUUAUUAGCUAAAAAAUAUAAUUAAUUAUUACAUCUUAAUUAUUUAAUUAUUAUAUUGCUUACAAUUGAAAUAUCUUUAUUAAAAUUAGUAUUGUUUAGACUCGAUUUGGGCCUAUUUUUAAAAACGGCUAACUCAAUAAAUAUGGCCUAAACCUCUAGAUUUCUCUAAUAGAUGUCCAAUCAUUGUGCCAUCUAUUAGCAAAAUUUUAAGGCUUGCGUAAUAUUUUCUGAAUAAAAUAUUGAGUUAGCCAUUUUUAAAAAUUACUCAAUUCAAGCCGUUUAAUAACACUAAUUAAUAUAUUUUAAAAACUAUUUUGUAAAAAUUUUUAUAGCUUGCUUAUAUUUAGGUUUGGAGUGCAUGAAAUGAGAUUUAUAAUUAUCGCUAAAAACUAGAAAUAAUACUAUUUUUUUGCGGGAUAAAAACAACAGAAUCUAACAAUAUUCUGACUCAAGUCCUGCAUUUUUUGCCAGAAGCUAUGUUCGGGUCUAAAAAUAAAUAACAAUUUUGGCUGGGCAAAAAAUUAAGACUUAUAUUUGUAUGAAAAUUC